AACAGUUGUUUUUAAUCAGGCAGUGCAUGCUUUCAUUCACUUAGCUGGUAGGUAAAAGAUCUAUGAUUCAUCUUCAACUCAAAGAGACAUGACAGCAAGUAUGGACAACAACAAUCCACCGUCACAGGAAGAAGCUCCAGAUCGUUCCUUUUUCUUCAGAGCUGUUGGGUUUUUCACAGGCGACAUGAAACGAUGUGGAAAGUGGGUGAAAAAACAGUCUGUGGUAAUCCAGCUACUAGACUGCAUCUUUCGAGGGGUGGCCCAGGUCAUGUUCAUCAACAACCCUCUCAGUGGGCUCCUAGUCGCGGUCGGCCUCUUCCUGCAGAACCCCUGGUGGGCUCUGAACGGUCUCAUAGGGACCCUUGUCUCCACUGUGUCGGCCUUCUUUCUGGGACAAAACAGGGAGGCCAUAUCGGCGGGAUUAUAUGGCUACAAUGGAACACUGGUCGGCAUACUGAUGGCUGUGUUCUCUGCCAAUGGAAGCUGGUACUGGUGGCUUCUCCUGCCAAAUGUGUUCAUGUCCAUGUUGUGCCCAGUGGUCUCCAGUGCUUUGUCUUCAAUUGCCAGCAAAUGGGACCUCCCAAUAUUCACCCUGCCCUUUAACAUUUUGGUGUGUUUGCACAUUGCAGCUACAGGAGCUGCUCAUCCGUACUUUCCAGAGGUGGAUAUUCAGCCAAACCACCGUCUGCACCAUCCAAACGACUCCAUCGAAGGCCUCAGUGUUUCUCAGCUCUUCCUGUCAGUGCCGGUCGGCGUUGGCCAGGUGUACGGCUGUGACAGUCCUUGGACAGGAGGUCUCAUCCUUCUGGCCCUGCUGCUCUGCUCACCAACUAUCUGUUUUCAUGCCAUGUUGGGCUCUGCUGCUGGCAUGUUUACUGGACUUGCUCUGGCUGCUCCUAACGGGGAUAUUUACUCAGGCCUGUGGGGAUAUAACAGCGCUCUAUCCUGCAUUGCCAUUGGAGGAGUCUUUUACGUGAUAACAUGGCAAACCCACCUGCUGGCUCUAAUAUGUGCACUUUUCUGUGCAUACAUGACGUCAGCCACCUUAAAACUGAUGUCCGUGCUUGCAUUACCGGCCUGCACGUGGCCUUUCUGCCUGUCGACUCUCAUCUUCCUCCUCAUUUCCUCUGAGAUCCCCGCCAUCUGCAGACUGCCUCUGUCUGUGGUCUCCUACCCCGAGGAAAAUCGCCGCUACCGGAGACAAUUAAAGGCCUUGGAGAAAGCUCAGCGGAGUCAGCAGAGCGGCAGCCAAGAAGAGGCCCGGCCGAAGGAGAACGGACGACCAACGGUCCACCUCCAAGUGGAGAGAGGCUGCAGUGAAUCUGUGUGAUUUUUUUUUUAGGAGAUGCUAUUUUGUCCUGACAUUUACCUCUGUGAAAGAUUAAUUGCAGAAGUAGUGCAGUUAUGUACAGUUUUUUUGGCAUUUCCUGUCUUACAUAAGCAAAGUUGUUAUAUAAAUCGCCUAAUUUUGUAGUGACAAGUGUUUUCUUGACAACAAAUAUCUUCCCCUGCGGUAUUUCUUCUACACUGCAGAGGGCAGCACGUUCCAAGGAAACGCAUUCUACAGCGCAUGUAAAUCCAAUAACACUGAAGGGAAACACUGAGCUGAUCUUUACGUGCAUCAGCAACAUAUUUUAUUAAACAUUUCAUUUUGCAAACAAAGCCAUUUCUGUUAUUCACAUACCACAGCCACACAGCAAAAAAAAUAAAGAGGGGAAAUGCACACUUUUCCCUCUCAGCAGCAGAAUGUUAGCGGUUGCUGGUGGAGGAUUUAAAAUGCAGCAGAGUGUUUCAUCAGUGCAGACAGUGAGCUGCAGGGGAGAUUUCAUGAAGUACUCCCCCCAGCAAAAACACCUCCUUCACUGCCAGCCAUUAUCCAUCACUGCCUUCUGUAGCUCCAAUCUGUGCU